UAAGUUUAGCUCCAGUAUAGAAAUUUUAGUCUUUUACUUCUCUCCCUAAGAGGAGUGUUGAGUGAAAUGUUUUAUUUCAUAAUUAUAUUAUUUAGUCGAACUAUAACACCUUCUGCCCUCACACCUAUUGUAGGAGGUGACAUUGUUAGAAAUGAGGGUGUUAUUAAAUAUCCCUACAUGGUGUCAUUGCAGCAGAAAUUCAACAAAACCCCUGAAAAUGAUGAAUUUUACUAUAAACAUUUUUGUGGUGGAAGUUUACUUAACUCAGAAUGGAUUUUAUCGGCAGGCCAUUGUUUAUGGAACAAAAAUAUUGCAAAUGUUUUCGCUGUAAUAGGCCAUAAAAAUAUAACAAAUAUUAGUCAAAAACAUCGUUUUGCAAUUGAUCGCGUUGAAUUUAUCCACUUUCAGCCGACAAAUCUGCAAAAUGAUAUCGCUUUGUUACAUUUACAAACGAACAAUAAAUUCCCCGAUAUAAAUUUUAACAACUAUGAUUUCUAUGGAAACUUGCCUAGUUAUGGAAUGAAGGCCUUUAGAAAAAAUCCCUGUAAAAUAAUUGGCUUUGGAGCAAAAAGACAUGCUGGACUAAUACAGGAACAAUUACAUGAAGCCGAAGUUUAUGUUAUUACUAACAAACGAUGCCGUUCGCUAUUGGGAUAUGUUUGGGCACCACAAAAAGGAGACAAUACAGUAUGUGCUUUAGGAAUUUCUCAGGAGGACACAUGCCAGGGAGAUUCCGGUGGUCCUUUAAUAUGCCAAUAUAAUGGAAAAUAUUAUAUAUAUGGUAUAGUAUCGUAUGGUUUAACUUGCGGCAUUAAAGGUAUGCCUAGCAUUUAUACGCUUACUGGUCCCUAUAUUGAAUGGAUUCAUUUGAUAAUUAAUGAGUGAAUUAUUACAAAUAAUUUAAACACAUACAAAUUUUAAAUUACAGCAUACAUAAUAAAUU